UUGUUUUCAACCUGCACGCGGUCGCGAACACUCCGAACGGAACUUCGUUACAGUCACGAGUAGGAGGAGACUGAGUUUUCCUUCCUGUGAGCGACUUUCUUUUUGCCGUAAACCACCGGUUGGCCAGCUAGUGCAAAGUGUGCUUUCACGAUGCCAACAUGAGAUCACACGCACUUAACAGUGCACACAGUAGCAGAUACAUUUCAUGUAAAUUGGCACCCGUCGUAUUUCAGAUAGCUGCGAUUUUGAGAGCACUUCUUAUCAUGUGGAGUGUGGUACAAGAUGCCUACUGCGAAUUGCCAUUCACGGACUUGGAUUACUUCGUCUUUACUGACGCAGCCAGGUACAUGGUUGUUGGAAUUUCGCCGUACGAGCGGUUUACAUACCGUUAUUCUCCUGUCGUUGCGGCGUCUUUGAUACCGAACGUUCUUUCGCAACCUUUUUUCGGCAAACUUUGUUUUGUGGUCGGGGACUUUAUGACUGGAUGGCUCGUUCUGGAAAUUUUGAGCUUCUGCGGGUCUUCGCAGAGGACCAAAGUAGCCUCAGUAAUCUGUUGGUUAUUUAACCCAUUCACACUGGCCAUGUCGACUAGAGGUAGCUUCGAGUCGGCUGUAUCUACCGCCAUGCUGUCUAUUCUACUGCUUAUACUGAGUGGGAACACUUUUCUUGCUUGCGCUGUUCUUGGUUUGGUUAUUCACCUUCGCAUCUAUCCGGUGAUCUAUCUCAUACCUUUGUGUUGCUUUCUCUGCUUGGACUGCGAUGUCCCAGAUGCUCAUUCUUGGGAUCGGAGGAUCGAAGGAUCGAAGGAUCGAAGGGCAAACUAUUUUACCGUGGCUAUUAAGAGCUCAUGCCAUAUUUUUUCGGCCAUCGCGUCUAUAACCUUCACAAGAAGGCUGGAGCUCCUAGCAUUGUGUAUGUCUUCUAUAUCGAUCUGGUUGCUGUGUUUCUUGUUUUUCGGUUCGGAAUUCCAAAGUGAGACCUAUAGCUACCAUUUGGGACGCAAGGAUGUUCGACACAACUUCUCUCCAUUAUUUUACGUGGAAUAUAUUGCCCCGAGAAUCCCUUUUCGCGCGAUGUACACAUUCACUCCUGUACUUCCUCAGAUGGUCACCGUGUGUCUCGUUGGCUUCAAAUUUGCCAAAGACUUACCAGUUUGCCUCCUCCUUCAGACUAUUGGAUUUGUAGCUCUCAACAAAGUUUCAACAGCACAAUAUUUUGUGUGGUACAUGAGCCUAAUUCCAACUGCGCUCCCCAGUGGCAUAGUGCAGUGCUCUGGUUGCAAAAGUUUGGCCAGUCUCGCUGGUCAAGACUUGCAUAGAGCUGCUGCACUUCGGUUCUGGCUCUCUGCGCAGUUUUUGUGGCUGAUUGUUGCCUACCACGUCGAAUUCUGUGGCACUUGUGCGUUUCUUUUGCUUUGGUUUGCUAGUGUGGUGUUUCUCUGUGCGCACGCGUGGGUAGGUACGCAUCUCAUGACCGCGCGAACGAAAUUUAUGCGGUGACAAUAGUUGAGCUGAGCCACGAGCCAAACAUAUGCUAUCAACGUGGGCAUAUUCAUGUGAUGGAUUUUUAUAGAGCACACUGAACUAAGUUAUUUCACCUCCUGUAGCCUGCAGAAAUGGAUUUCCUUCCAGCGCGAAGCCAUGAAUUCGUAGUCCAGUCAUGACCUUUGUGAACGCAAGGUCAGCUCUAAAACUACUCUACGAACAUGAUUACCUCACCUGCCGCUCGCUUGUCGUGCGCUGGCUACUUUUACGGCGUUUCUGUUUGUGCACCGGCACCUCCAUUUCGCGGAAAUGCUCCUCAACUGUUGCGUGAAAUGCCGCUUUCUUCAGUGUUGGUCGACCAAUGAGGGUCAAGUCUCUGUGCGAUAAACGGAGUGAGUCCAUAGUAUAUGUUUACCGUAAACUUAGUAUCUUACUUUGAAGAGAACAUCAUGACAUCACGAAG